UCCUUCCUUCCUUCCUUCCCUUCCUUCCCUUCCUGCCUUUCUUCAUGCUUGCUUCCCUCCACCGCCUGUGUACAUUGGUUAUAUGAAGCUCUCAUCUCUCUCUUCCUCAGUCUCUUUCUCAGUCUGCUUGACAGCGUCUCCUCCCAACUGUGCUCUCUCCAUCCUCGCCUCCCUUUACUCUCUCACUCUCGCUCUCCCUCGCUCCCUCUCUCCAGGCUGCGCCUCAUUGGUGUGUCCUGAUUCCCUUUUUCCAUUAGUAGGCUCCGGGCCCAUUGGUCGCCCUCCUUCCAACCAUUAUCUCCACUCGUCCAGCCCUCUGUCAUCCUGUCUCCCUCCACUCUGCCUCCUCACAUUCCCCAGUCAUCUCUGAAGUCGUAAAAAAAAUUAAAAAUGAAUUUGCAUGCAAUGCGGGAGCAGAAGUUUGUACUGAGCAUGUUAAAUGAAUUGGGGGAGAAGUAAAGGGAAGGCUGUCAGAAAGAAGAGGAAGGACAUUUUGGAGAAAAGUUUCAAGAGAAGACUGCAGCUGAAAAUGAGUCUGGAGGAGACGUGGUGAGCAUUUCCUCUCCAAGUGAACGCCAGUAGGUUACAGUGGAAGCCGAGGUCUGGAAGAACUGUCUCAACGCCAAACCAUUGCAGAUGGAGGUGGAUGCAGACGAUAAGCGCCACCGCACACGCUCCAAAGUGCCUGUGGAUCCAGCAUUAACGCAGCUUUUCAGUGUGUAUGGAUGCCCCGUGGCCAAGAAGAGAAAGAGUCUAGACAGACAAACCUUGGAGACCUCCCCCAAAAAAAGCACCUACCUCGACGACAUGGACAACUCGACAAUGGAGGAGUGCUACGAGACGGAUGGAACAGAGGAGAUGGACGACAGAGAGGAGGAAGAGGAUGGACCGCUCGAGGAGGAGGAGGAGGAGGGUGAGGUGGAGGAGGCUGAAGGCUAUAUGGACUACAACGAAGAGCAAAUGGAGCAUGAGGAAGGCGAGAUGGGGAGAGGGGAGGGUGAGGAAGAGGUAGAUGUGGAGGAAGAAGAAGACGAAGAAGAGGAAGAGCGGGUGGAAGAGGAGGAAGAGGAGGAGACAGUGGCGGUGGAGGACUAUGAAGAGGCGGAAGAGGAGGAAGGGGAGCAAGGGCAAGAGGAGGAGCUGAUGAGUGGUGGUGAGGGCAACAGUGGCGGUGAAGGUGGAGGUGGAGGUGGCGGCAGCGGCAAGUUAGGUUCCACAGUGGAGAGGGACGACAACAACAACGACGAGUAUGAGAACUAUGACGAGCUUGUGGCCAAGUCGCUGCUCAACCUGGGCAAGAUCGCAGAAGAUGCCGCCAACCGGGCAAUGACGGAGUCAGAGAUGAACAGCAACUCCUCUCACAGUGCUGAAGAGGAAGAAGAGGAGGAGGAGGAGGAUGAAGAGGAAGAAGAAGAGGAGGAGGAAGAGGAGGAGGAGGAGGAGGAAGAAGAGGAGGAAGAAGAAGAAGGGGAGGAGGAGGAGGAGGAGGAAGAAGAAGAGGAAGAAGAGGAAGAGUGCGAGGAAGCACCAAGAGGUAAUCAGCACGAUCUGAGUUUGGACGUUCAUAGUGACGUGGUCAGAGAGACUGUGGACUCGCUCAAACUCCUGGCACAGGGACACGGGGCUGUGUUGUCGGACAAUUUGGAGGGACAGGACUACGCGGAAGGCAUUGCUGGAAACGGAGACUGUUCCCACAACGGCCUAAGUGUGCACAACGGCGGUAACGGACUAAGUAAGACCACCGGUAAUGGACAAUUCGAAAACAGUGAUGAGGAAGUGUGUCUAAGCAGUCUGGAGUGCCUACGGAAUCAAUGCUUCGAUCUUGCUCGGAAACUGAGCGAAACAAAGCCCACAGAUCGCAACGGGUCCUUCCAGCAGAAUCAUUACCAAUGCGGGGACAUGAAUCAGCAGCCCCAACAUCACGGCUAUGGGGAGUUCCAGCAUAGCCAGGACGACAGACGAGCGCUGGACAGGAACUAUUCUGACAUGGACAAUCUCUUGAAGCUUGAGGAGCAGCUGAGCCCGCGAUCCAAAGCCUUUGCCAGUUGUGUGCAAGCGGACCGUUUUCACCACCGAGACUUCGACGAAGACACGGCCUCUGUGACGUCAGACAGGUCAGAGGAAGUGUUUGACAUGACAAAAGGCAACCUUUCCUUGCUGGAAAAGGCUAUCGCGUUGGAGUCCCAACGUGCAAAGGCACUGAGGGAUAAAAUGGAGACGGAAGCAGCUAGGAGAGACGGCGUGAGGUAUAGCCAUGAUGACCACGGGUCACGGCAUGCCUAUGCGGUUGAGCGUAAAGGACGACUCCCUGAUGGAAUGAAGAAGCUUUUCUAUCAUAAAGAAGCUUCCCGCGCCGACAAGAAAGAGAGUCGCUGUCCGACACCAGGCUGUGACGGCACGGGUCACGUGACUGGCUUGUACCCCCACCAUCGAAGCCUGUCGGGCUGUCCGCACAAAGACAGAGUGCCACCAGAAAUUGUGGCUAUGUAUGAGAACGUUCUUAAGUGUCCUACGCCUGGCUGCACUGGACGCGGCCAUGUCAAUAGCAACAGAAACUCCCACAGAAGUCUGUCUGGAUGCCCCAUUGCUGCAGCCGAGAAGCUGGCCAAGGCCCAGGAAAAACACCAGAGCUGUGACGGCUCCAAGCCCAACCAGGCUUCUGACAGAGUAUUAAGGCCUAUGUGCUUUGUCAAACAACUGGACUAUCCUCAGUAUGGUGACAAGAACAAUGUUUCCACCAGCACGCCCCGAUCCAACCUGGCCAAGGAGCUGGAGAAGUACUCCAAGACCAGCUUUGACUACAGCGCCUUCGAGGGUACCAACAACCACCAAGUGUAUGGGAAACGGGCCAUUGCACCCAAGGUUCACGGGCACAGGGAUACCUCCCCGAAAGGAUUUGAUGCCAAGCGCUAUUGCAAGAACUCCAGCUCAGCCAGCAGCACCACCAGCACCUACGCUCCCAGCAGCAGCAGCAGCAGUCUGAGCUGUGGAGGUGGAGGAGGGGGUGUGGGAGGAGGUGGUGGCAGCAGCGCCAGCAGCACCUGCAGCAAAAGCAGCUUCGACUACAACCACGACAUGGAGGCUGCGCACAUGGCCGCCACGGCCAUCCUCAACCUGUCUACGCGCUGCCGGGAGAUGCCCCAUGGUAUGGGAGGAAAGCCCCAAGAUCUGUGCUCGCAGAGUCCCAGCCUGGAUGUUGACGAGAACGGUACAUUGGACCUGAGUAUGAGCAAGCGUCUGUGCAGCGGCGGAGGGGACUCUGUGCUCACCCCACUAGAGCCCAUGUCCCCCCAAAGGCAAGCUGCCCUUCUGGGCUCCCGCUGCUACGGCAUGGGCGACGCUGCCGACUGUUGGGACCUGCCUGUAGACUACACCAAGAUCAAACACAUAGAUGAGGACGAGAAAGAGGAUGACCUGGACCCCUUCCAAGACUUGCUGGAGGACCGCUCCUACACCACAGAUGUCAACAUGCCCAGUCCCAAACCCAAGUAUGCCCAGUGCAAGGAGAGUAAGAAGGACCUGAUAACAUGUCCCACACCGGGGUGUGACGGAAGUGGUCACUUGACAAGCAAUUUCGCCUCACAUCGAAGUCUCUCAGGUUGUCCGUUAGCAGAUAAAAGUAUUCGGAGUAUGCUGGCCAACAACGCACAAGAGCUCAAGUGUCCUAUUUAUUCUGAACCAUCCUUGUACCAUUUGCAACAAUUUAUCUGCAGCCUCUCAGGGUGUCCGCGGGCCAGGAAAAGUGGGAUAAAGAUCAUCCACAGCAAAGAGAACAAGGAAGACCAAGAACCUAUCAGGUGUCCUGUUCCUGGUUGUGAUGGUCAGGGUCAUGUGACAGGAAAGUAUGCAUCCCACAGAAGUGCGUCAGGAUGUCCCAUAGCUGCCAAGAGACAAAAAGAUGGCUACCUAAAUGGCAUCCAGUUCACAUGGAAGUCUGGCAAGACAGAGGGAAUGUCCUGUCCCACGCCGGGCUGCGACGGCUCAGGUCAUGUCAGCGGCAGCUUCCUGACACACCGAAGUCUGUCGGGCUGUCCGCGUGCCACCUCUGCCAUGAGGAAAGCCAGGCUCUCUGGAAUGGACAUGCUCACAAUUAAGCAGCAGCGCAGCAGCAAUGGGUUGGAUCACGAAGAGGAGCUCAAACAUCUGGAUGAAGAAAUCAAAGACUUAAGUGACUCAAAUUCACAAGUGGAAGCAGACAUGAUCAAACUCAGAACUCAGAUCACCACUAUGGAGUCCAACUUGAAGUCCAUGGAGGAGGAAAACAAGGUGAUUGAACAGCAAAAUGACUCUCUCCUGCAUGAGCUGGCCAACCUCAGCCAGUCACUGGUUAACAGUUUAGCUAAUGCCCAGCUCCCCCAUAUGAAACCGCUGCCGCACAAAGAACCUCUUCUUCGGAGUAACAGUUGCUUACAGCUCCACCAGCAAGAGCCCAUUGAACAAAACUUUGAUGCCUAUGUUACUUCCUUAACGGACAUGUACACCACCCAAGACCAAUACCACAGUCCGGAAAACAAAACCUUGUUGGACAACAUCAAGCAAGCGGUCCAAGGGAUCCAAGUGUAACCAUUUGUGAAAGGCAACCUCAUGUUCACCCCUGCAAGAUGUGGACCGUGUCUCCGAAUUCCUCAAGAGCGGUGAAGAUUCCAUCUCCUCUGUGCAGAGCAGUUACAUAUAAUGUACAGUGUUAAAUAUUCUAAUAAUAAAAAAAAAAGAGGUAUUAUGCUUCGCAAGAGACAUCCGAGAAUUUUGUUUCUUUUUUGGGGGGGAGGGGGUGGUUCUUGCUUCGAGGAAGAACACAAAAGCAUAAACAGCAAAAUAGUUUUUGAGGACAUUUUGUACGUUUUCAUAUGAGCUGACAGUGUCAUGUAAUGUUUCUAACUGCUCACAUAUGCACAUUUUAGUGUAUACUACUGAACAGUAAGCUGAUACUAACGGAACACGAGUUCUUUUUAUUGCUUGACCACAGAGCAUUUUAGAUGACAAAACAAAAGCUGAGCUGGACAGUGAUCUAAAUGGACAAAAACACGUGAAGAUGAAACAAAUAAUUUUUCCCUUCAAAUGGGUGGUUUUACAGUACAUGUCUUGCUUGUGGAGUGCUCAAGGGCAAGAGCUGGCUUGCAAAUGACUUUUAUUUAUUUUUAUUUUUGACAAUGCUUGAAAAAAUGUGUUUUCAUUUAUUCUAAAAAAAAAAAAAAAGUGUAGCUGAAGUUUGGGGGGUUUGUAAUCGGUGCUGUAAAUGAAUCUGGAAGGGGAAACUGACCGGACGUUUGUAUGAAUGUAUGUAUGAGCAGUUAUAUUGUUAACAUCAUUACACGGAAACCCAAUGGUGGAAAUCCCAUAAUUUAGCAGACCAAAUUAAUUCCCAGGGGAAGAGAUCUGUGCAGUGCAUGUACGGUCACAUGCACCUCAUCCUAUAAUCUCAAUUCCAACUGUUAAGACAACGACCUAGAUAUAUCAUUCACAUCCUCCUAUUAAAUCCAAAUUGUGUUGCUAUAAUCAAAUAAUAUUUCAGCAAUAUAAAAAGUAAAUAAUUUGCUUAUUAUGGUUACGAGAUACAAUCUGAAAAGAGACAAAAUAUGGGGUAUAUGCAAUUUCUUGUUUUUAAAUCGUGAGGCAACACUAAUCUUUUUAAUAUAGCUAUGUAAAAUAGUGAUUUUUUUUUAUACAAAUCUUUUAAUACAAAAAGUUUUUUAAAAUAAUGUAGGAGGAAUCUGAUUGUUGACCUCUCCAAGUGAAACGCUCAUUUCACUUUUUUCAGUAAUGUUUUGCACAGGGACACCUUCGUUUCCAUGUUCUGAUGUUCUUACAGAACUAAAAGCAGUACCCGAGAGACGAAAAGGAGGGUUUUGUAAAGAGUAUUUAUAGACAGCAGGACUUACAGGGUCACUGUCCCCACAUAUGUGCCAGUAGACUAUUUGCACUUGUCCUUGAAGAUAUUAUCCUUACAUAUGGCGACGUGCAAUUUUCCAGGUGACCUCUUUGGCACACGAUUGGAGCAACCAACAGCUUGGAGCCACUGUGUGGAUUAAGUACCACUGAAAAAAGGAAGAACAGGGAAGAGGAUGACUAUUACUACAGCAGUUGUACUGUAGGUUAUUGUAAAAACAUGAUCAAUGUUCAUUUUUGCUAUGUUUUAGGAGGAUGAAGUUAGCCCCCAGCAGCACUUUAUAUCUAAUCAUUGUACAAAGGAAUUAAGUAAUCAAUCAAUUCAAGGUUAAAAAAAAAUCAAAAGAAAAAAAGCAGAAGACAAAAAAAAUUUUAAAAAGGCCUGGUGAAACGAGACCUUUUGAGAGGGUGAUACAAUCCAGCAUCACACACACCCAGCGUGACCGUCUGCACCUCUCCAUUCUGUCGUUCAAGCUGUUAGCAGUCAUCAGAAUUUGCCUUGUCCGGAGCGAAUGGAACCGAAUCUCAUGAACUUUGCCGCCCACUUUCCAGGACUCUCUCCUGCGCAUCAUCCAUAACUGCAUUCACCUUUUUUCAACGGCAUUGUGUCUGCAGCUUUUUGCCAAUAUAGUGAUGCUUCAGUCGAGUGAUUGCUAGUGCAAGUUUUUUGGAUUAAUUUGUAAUUAUCAGUCAAAACGGAAAAAGGGAUUCUUAAAGCACAAACUGCUCAUCUGACGUUGGUACAUAAAUAACUAAUCUGAAGAGUUAUCUGUGACUACAAGGAACACAAAAAGGUUGCAAAAUAUUUCGAUUGAUGACUUUUCAUUAAAAAAAAAAA